GAAUUACUGGCGAGAGAGCUCUAGAUCAACUUAACACUGAACCCAUUAUUUUUUCAAGCGUUGACAUUGUAAAUCACAGACGAAUUGGAGCCUGGCAUUGAAAGGAGGUGUUCUGCAGCGCUUUUUUUUUUCUUGUCUAAAGAAGUUUACUUCUACAAGAGGGAAUCUGAAAAAUGACAGGAGCGAAGAGGAAAAAGAAAAGUGUACUCUGGAGCAAGAUGCAUACCCCCCAUUGUGAAGACUUUAAACAGUGGUGUAGACGGCGGCUACCUAUUUUGGAAUGGGCACCACAUUACAAUCUGAGAGAAAACUUGCUUCCAGACACUGUGUCUGGUAUCAUGUUGGCAGUUCAACAGGUGACACAAGGGCUGGCCUUUGCUAUUCUUUCAUCUGUGCACCCAGUAUUCGGUUUAUACGGGUCUCUGUUUCCUGCCAUCAUUUACGCCAUAUUUGGAAUGGGUCGUCAUGUUGCCACAGGCACCUUUGCCUUGACAUCCUUAAUAUCAGCCAACGCAGUGGAACGGCUUGUCCCGCUGAGCAGUCAGAACCUCACCCCACAGAGUAACACAAGUGUGCUGGGCUUAUCUGACUUCGAGAUGCAAAGGAUUGGCGUUGCUGCAGCAGUUUCCUUCCUGGGAGGUGUGAUUCAGAUCUAUGCCUAUGUCUUUGAAAACAUCAAGUCUGUCCGACUGGAAGCACUGCUCUUAUCCUUGCUGAGCAUUGUAGUACUUGUUCUGGUUAAAGAGCUGAAUGAACAGUUUAAAAGGAAAAUUAAAGUUGUUCUUCCUGUCGAUUUAGUUUUGGUGGCUUGUCUAAUAUCCUGCAUUUUUGUCCUGAUAGUCAUCUAUGCAGUAGGACCUUUGCUUUACUGGCUGCCCAUGUGUGUUCUUUCAAGUAUUAUUGUUGUGGGACUGAAGGGAAUGCUAAUACAGUUUCGGGAUUUAAAAAAAUACUGGAAUGUGGACAAAAUUGAUUGGGGUGUAUGGGUCAGUACCUACAUAUUCACAAUAUGCUUUGCUGCCAAUGUGGGGCUGCUGUUUGGGGUUGUCUGUACCAUAGCUAUUGUGAUUGGUCGCUUUGCAAGAACAAAGACCCUGAGUAUAAAAAACAUGAAAGAAAUGGAAUUUAAAAUGAAGACAGAAAUGGAUGGAGAAACCCUGCAGCAGGUGAAAAUCAUUUCAAUAAACAACCCACUUGUUUUCCUGAAUGCGAAGAAGUUUCAGACUGAUCUAAUGAACAUAAUCCAAAAGGAAAAUGCCAGCAUCCAGCUACAGGAUGAUAACAGCAAGUGUGAACAGAACACAUUGCUCAAUUCCCUAUCCAAUGGCAACUACAAUGAGGAAGCUUCACAGCCAUGCCCACCUGAGAAGUGUUCUUUAAUCCUGGAUUGCAGCGGAUUGACCUUUUUUGACUAUUGUGGAGUCUCCAUGCUUGUUGAGGUUUACAUGGACUGCAAGAGCAGGAGUGUGGAUAUAUCAUUAGCCCAUUGCAGAGCUUCGUUGAUAAAAGCAAUGAAGUAUUGUGGAAACCCUGACUUGGAGAAACCCAUUUUUUUUGAAUCAGUAUCUGCUGCAAUAAGUAACAUCUAUCGAAAUAAGAAUUUGAGGAAACUCAGUGACCAUACUGAAGUUUGAGGUCCUUUUGCGGCAGCACAGCUCUUGGUUUUAGCAACUGUCCUGAAGAUCUCAGGCCGUACUCCAGCCUCGUGCUGAGCCUUUUUCGUUUAGAUCCUACAGAUGACCUCUACUACAAGUAUGAUGUGACUUAGUAACUACAUAGCCACUGAUCAAGAUUCACCAACAGUUUUUUCUAAUCUUUGUUAGUAAGCAGAUCCACUUAGUAGGUUAUUGUGUAGAUAUUGUAUAAAAAUUGUUAUGCAUUUAGUUUUAGUGUGUGAAAGGUAAACAUGAAUUUAUUCCCUUUACCACAAUAUAUUUUGUUGUUUUAUUUCUAUUUUGUUGUCAGGUAACUUGUAAAACAGAAAAACACUUUGUCAUAAGAGAUUUAGAUCAUUUGCAAGCCAUUUGUAUCAAUCCAGUACGAUCUGUAUGUAAUGCAUAAAAACAACUUAGCAAAUGUGCCAUUUUCCCUAGAAAAAAUAAUGCAGGCCCUUUAACAUCAAUAGAUUAAAUGUUACUUUAUACAAUAUGCUAUGAAAUUCACAGAAAAUAAGUCAAAACAGAAACAAAUAAUAAAAACCAUUGUUCUCCAUACAAUGAGAAGUCUUCAAGAAUGUUUUCAAGAUAACUGGUGUACCAGUGAAACCAAGUUCUUGAUUUUAAUCUGUUUUGCUGUGAAUAUUGGGGAUGCUUAAGAUAUUCAGAACUGAUAGCCCUAAUUUCCAUAUUGCUACCCCAUACAGUCUCUUUUGUCAGCCUAAGUUUUGUGGGAGCCAGAAAAUGUAGAAAUUGUACAUUUUAUAUUUUUUCACAAAUGUGAUAUUUAGAUAAGAAAAUACCACUAGUAGAAUAGCUUUGUGCUAUUCUAAUGUAAGAUUAACUGUAGUAGUUUGCGACUUUCCUAUUUCCUAGAGACUGUCAGUAUAAUAUAAUACACUAUCUCCAUAUACCCAUAUAGAUAGAUAGAUUACCACAGUAUUUCUUUCCUUUUUCUUCUGUUAGAGGAGAGCUUGGGUAUGUGAUUAUCUAUAAACCCACCAAACCAGCAGGAUAAAUGACAGACACCAUAGGCUAGGGUGUUCUGUAUAAGUUAUUAUUUUUAUGUUUGCACAUAUAUUUUCAAUCACAUACAAUUAGACAGUUUCAUAUUUUUAUCUAGACAUUUGCUUUACCUAUGAAGAAACCUCACUUUCAAUGAUAGGUAUAGACACAUAAUUAUGCUUCAGUCUUAAGGCAUUCUAACAGUUCUUGAAAUUACCAAUGGAACAAAAAUCCAGGUACUCUAAAGUGAAUUUGAGAAGUAGGCUGAAAACAAAAUCAUAAGCCUGGUCAUUUAGUAUUUUUGUGGGUAUUUGUAUGAAAAAUUCCCAGUGCUUGCCAGGUGAUUUAAUGGUCCCUAGUAAAUGUGUGGUAAGCAUUCAUAUGGUCCUUAAUUUUAACAUUAAGUUCUAGGAAAGACAAUAUAAUGAAAUGAAAGGGGCAUAAUUUUGAGUAGUUUUGAAUUAUCAUAAUUUAUCCAGCCAUUUCAAUUUUGAUCGACAUGAACUAAAAAGAAUAGUCUCUUUCCCAAAGGAAGCCUCAAUAAUCCCUUCAUCACUAAUUUUGAUUGAAAUUAGAGACCAACUUUCUUUCCCAUCAAAUACUGUUUUAAGAAAAGGAGGAGGUAAUAACUGAACAUAAAAUUUCCUUAGAGAAAAGAAUUUCACUCCGCUUUGCCCAGUUCAAUUAUUCUAAUGGUGGAUGGUAGUAACAUUCCCCAUUCUGAUCCAUCCGACAUUAGCUCAUAAACAUGAGACAAGGAAAAUUAAGAAAACAUAUUUUGCUGUGCAUAAACUGAUAUUUUGAUAUGCAGUUGUGGUCUAUAAUUAAAUUCAUGCAGGCAUUAUAAAUGGAUGCCCUUAAAAUCAUUAUAAUUAAUCAAUGGAUGGUUUGUUCUAUUUUGUUAAAGCUGACACAGUAUUGUCUAAGCAGGUGUAUUUGAAUGCAUUUUAGUGUUAAUAGCAGAAGUUUAUUGGAUAACACUUUAAAGCCAAUAACUUGGGUGUCAAAUGUUGAUGUUAUUUUCACAGUAAAGGAAGACCAAACCAUACACAACCAUGUAAAGCUCUUUCUUCUAAGGUUUCUCCUGUAAACCAAGGUUGCAAUGACUCGAUCUGGAGGAACUCCCUGCAAUUGAUUUCUGAGAGUAUAAUAGUUAAAUAUCAAUUUUAGAUACACAAGAUUUGAAAACAUAAAUAUUUAUGUCAAAGCAGGCAUUAACACAAGAACUAUAAUGUGGUCCUGAUGCUAGAAGGUUUCUAGUCACAUUAAAAUAUUUUUAUGAGAUCACCUUAUUUUUAUAUAUGACAAAUUACUUCCAUAUUACUUAUUAUGUAAAAUAAAAUUGGAAAAAAUUAAAACUGACCUAUAAGAGUGUUAAGGUCCUAAUAGAGUGACAUAUAUAAAUUAAGCAUAAAAUAUGUAACCAGGAAAAGACUGUUAAUAUUACAUUUAUGCAAAUUAAAUGCCCUUAUAUUUUACCAUUUAUCUUUCAUUUUAAAGGUUAUUUGCCCCCGAUUAUAUGAUUCAAGUGUUAUAAGGUCUAGCUUGAACUACUUUGCAGUAAUUUAUUUGACAGCUCUCUAUUCCAUAAAUGCAUAAUGAAAUGAGGAAAGAGAUCAUUCUUUUUUUAAUGAAAACAUUAAUGUGUUAAUACCCUGUAUGGAUAAUGUUUGACAUUUCGUGGUUACCAAAAUAUAUUAGUAUAUUGUUGAAUGCACUUCAGCCUUAAGAAUGCACAUUCUGAAUUCUGUGGGAUGAUGAUCUAAUUCAAUGUAGAAUAUGCUUUUCAGCAAUGAGUUUAUUGCCUGACUUCAAAUAGGGAGUUAAGUGGUGCUUUCACAACCCAACUCAUGUAGUCUAAUAUGCUGCACUUAUUUUUUUUAUAUUUUUCAAUACAUUUAAUUAUCUUUUUUUAUAAUUCUUUGUACUAACUCAGCAUGUAGCAACCAAUUUACAUGGAAAUAAAUUGAAAUAU